GGAUGCUGCGAGCAGGCUCCUGUGCGCGCGCGGGCUCCUCCUCCAGAGAUGUCGCAGGAGCAUCUCCUGUCAGCGUGCCCUUUCUUUACUUCUUUUCUUUUCCUAUACUCUUCACUGCAUUGGGCCCCGUCAUUUUAAUCGCCACCGCCACCACCACCACCAUCAGCAGCAGCAGCAGCAGCAUCACAAGCGCCGCAGAACUCGGCCGACCCUCGGUCAGGUGACAGCGCGGAGUGGAAUAUUCAUCAGCACCCGUGUUUGUCUUUCAUCCCCUCUCCUCCAUCGGACUGCAAGGCUGCAGCAGCCCACUCACAGUCCUCCUCUUCCACCACCAACACCGCCACUACAACCCCUCCUCCUCCCGCCCUCCUGUGCAUCCUCUCUCAUCCGGGCCGGGACAUUCUCCGCUCCACGCUCACGCAAGAUUAACUGGGGAUUGUGGCUCUCCGCCCGCCCGCCCGCUGAUGCUGAUGCUGAUGUCCUUGAGCUCGGCCUGCACGGUCUCUGGAGCAGCAGUCGCGACUACCUACCUCACAUCUGCACCCACUUCUUCUCUCUGAUUCAUCAUCUUACUUUGUCCUUUGGCCACACUCAUCAUCUGUCCGUCAUCCCCUUUUACCUCCAACCGCACAUGCGUCGGCUGGCUCGCCCGUCCAUGGACUGGCUGUGAACCCGGAGGGAGGGAGACAGGAGAGACGGAGGCAAAGAAAGCUGGAUUCAUUCAGAUACCGCGCUUCUCGAGUGCUCCUGCGCACUGUUCUUCACCCCCUCCCACCGUCCUCCUCCUCCUCCUCCAGCGAUGGAGAAGUGAAGGAGCAGUGGAAGGCUAGGCUGAGACCUUGAGGAGAAAAACAACACAAUCUGCGCCCCCUUCUUCAACAAUAGGCUAUUGAAGCGAAAGAGAAUCAUUCUACGGUUUUGAAUCAGAAAUCAAGAGGGAAGGCAACGGGCUGUUGAACACAUGAACAAGCUGCCAGCGAGCACACAAGCCGGUCACUGAGUCGAGGACAUCUAAGGAAGGAGGUGGGGAAGGACGAACACAACACAAACCAGCCCUGUGUCAUGUCAACAACAGCGACAAUGGGCGAAAUGGCUAACAGCGCCGUGGAGUUUUACCCCAAAGCGACUCGUGGAGAAGGAAGGGAAGACGGGAGCCGUGGAGCCGGAGACUUUGGGGUCACGUUGAAGGAGCUGAGGGAGCUGAUGGAGCUCAGGGGGGGCGAGGCUCUGCAGAAGAUCCAGGAUAGCUACGGAGACACAGACAGUCUCUGCCAGAGACUAAAGUCCAGCACCACUGACGGUCUCAGCGGGGAUCCAGCAGACUUGGAACGUCGCUGUCAGACCUUUGGCCAAAACUUUAUCCCCCCAAAGAAGCCCAAGACGUUCCUUGAGCUCGUGUGGGAGGCCCUGCAAGAUGUCACGCUCAUCAUUUUGGAGAUCGCUGCAAUCAUCUCCCUUGCCCUUUCUUUUUACCAGCCGCCUGGAGAGGAUUCAGAGUCAUGUGGCAACGUGUCGGCAGGAGCGGAGGACGAUGGUGAGGGGGAAGCCAAUUGGAUCGAGGGUGCGGCCAUUCUACUAUCUGUGGCUUGUGUUGUCCUGGUGACGGCCUUCAAUGACUGGUCCAAAGAGAAGCAGUUUCGGGGUCUACAGAGUCGAAUCGAGCAGGAACAAAAGUUCACCGUGGUACGGAAAGGAAAUGUCAUCCAGAUUCCUGUGGCUGACAUGGUGGUGGGGGACAUGGCCCAGGUCAAAUAUGGGGACCUGCUGCCAGCCGAUGGUAUUUUAGUUCAGGGUAAUGAUCUGAAGAUUGAUGAGAGCUCGCUAACAGGAGAGUCAGACCAUGUACGCAAGUCGGUGGACAAGGACCCCAUGCUGCUCUCAGGUACACAUGUGAUGGAGGGUUCAGGCCGCAUGCUGGUGACGGCUGUUGGUGUCAACUCGCAAACAGGCAUCAUUUUCACUCUGCUGGGGGCUGGAGAGGUGGAGGAAGAUGGCAAAGAAAAAAAAGGAAAACAACCCGAUGGCGCAGUGGAGAACAACCAGAACAAAGCCAAGAAGCAGGAUGGGGGUGUCGCCAUGGAGAUGCAACCCCUAAAGAGCGCAGAGGGAGGGGAAGUCGAGGACAGAGAGAAGAAGAAGACCAACGUCCCGAAAAAGGAGAAGAGUGUCUUGCAGGGCAAGCUUACCAAACUAGCGGUUCAAAUUGGAAAAGCAGGUUUGGUGAUGUCUGCAAUCACUGUCAUCAUCCUGGUUCUCUACUUUGUCAUCGACACCUUUGUUGUUGAAGGUCAUGCAUGGGUGACAGAAUGCACUCCGGUUUACAUCCAAUACUUUGUCAAGUUUUUCAUCAUUGGAGUCACUGUAUUGGUGGUGGCGGUCCCAGAAGGGUUACCUCUUGCUGUCACCAUCUCUCUGGCUUACUCAGUCAAGAAAAUGAUGAAGGACAACAACCUUGUACGGCACCUGGAUGCAUGUGAGACUAUGGGGAAUGCCACAGCCAUCUGCUCCGACAAGACGGGCACGCUCACCACCAACCGAAUGACUGUGGUACAGGCUUAUGUAGGUGAUGUGCACCACCGCUUGAUCCCAGACCCUGGACAGAUUAACCCGCGGACAUUGGAUCUGUUAGUCAAUGCUAUCUCAAUCAACAGCGCCUACACCUCCAAGAUCUUACCACCGGACGUGGAGGGUGGUUUGGCAAAGCAAGUGGGCAACAAGACGGAGUGCGGCCUGCUGGGAUUUGUAUUAGACCUACAACAAGACUAUACUACCGUCAGAGAGCAGAUCCCCGAGGAGAGACUCUACAAAGUGUAUACCUUUAACUCGGUGCGCAAAUCUAUGAGUACGGUGAUAAAGCUGCCAGAUGGUUCCUUCCGUCUCUACAGCAAGGGAGCCUCUGAGAUCAUGCUGAAAAAGUGUUCUUACAUCCAAGAUCCCAACGGGGAACCUCGAAGUUUCCGCCCACGGGACAGAGAUGAGAUGGUCAAACAGGUGAUCGAGCCAAUGGCAUGCGAGGGCCUGAGAACCAUCUGUAUUGCUUAUCGUGACCUGCCCUCCAAUCCAGAGCCCGAUUGGGAAAAUGAGGCAGAAAUAGUGACAGAGUUGACCUGCAUCACUGUGGUUGGGAUUGAGGAUCCAGUACGACCUGAGGUACCCGAGGCCAUCCGCAAGUGUCAGCGUGCGGGCAUCACUGUGCGGAUGGUGACUGGUGAUAACAUAAACACAGCCAGGGCUAUUGCUGCCAAAUGUGGAAUCAUCCACCCUGGGGAUGACUUUAUCUGUCUCGAGGGCAAAGACUUCAACCGACGAAUCAGGAACGAGAAAGGGGAGAUUGAACAGGAGCGAAUUGAUAAAAUCUGGCCCAAGCUGCGUGUGCUGGCUCGGUCUUCACCAACAGACAAACAUACCCUUGUCAAAGGCAUCAUUGACAGUACUGUUGUAGAACAGAGGCAGGUGGUUGCAGUGACAGGAGAUGGAACCAAUGACGGACCAGCUUUGAAGAAGGCUGAUGUUGGCUUUGCAAUGGGCAUCGCCGGGACAGACGUGGCAAAAGAGGCAUCUGACAUCAUCUUGACUGACGAUAACUUCAGCAGCAUUGUCAAGGCGGUGAUGUGGGGGCGAAACGUCUACGACAGCAUUUCCAAGUUCCUGCAGUUCCAGCUCACAGUGAACGUAGUGGCCGUCAUCGUCGCCUUCACUGGUGCCUGCAUCACUCAGGACUCUCCGCUGAAGGCGGUGCAGAUGCUAUGGGUGAACCUCAUCAUGGACACGUUUGCCUCUUUGGCCCUGGCCACUGAGCCCCCCACAGAGGCCCUGUUGCUACGGAAACCCUACGGUCGCAACAACCCGCUCAUUUCCCUCACCAUGAUGAAAAACAUCCUGGGUCAUGGAGUGUACCAACUGGUCAUCAUCUUCACACUGCUUUUCAUAGGCGAGCGCAUGUUCAACAUCGACAGUGGCCGCAACGCUCCCCUCCACUCACCACCAUCCGAGCACUACACCAUCAUCUUCAACACGUUUGUCCUCAUGCAGCUGUUCAAUGAAAUCAACGCACGGAAGAUCCACGGGGAGAGAAAUGUCUUUGAUGGCAUAUUUUCCAACCCCAUCUUCUGCUCCAUUGUUUUGGGGACCUUCGGGGUACAGAUUGUGAUUGUGCAGUGGGGAGGGAAGCCAUUCAGCUGUGCUCCACUCAACAUCGAGCAGUGGCUUUGGUGUCUGUUUGUGGGAGUUGGAGAGCUGCUGUGGGGUCAGGUGAUCGCGACUGUCCCGGCGGAGCGGUUACCGUGCCUGAAGGAAGCGGGUCUCGGUCUGGAGCCUGGGGAGGAGGAAGGGGAGGAGCUUGCAGAGGAUGAAGAGGAGAUUGACUGUGCUGAGAGAGAGCUUCGUCGUGGACAGAUCCUCUGGUUCCGAGGCCUCAACCGCAUACAGACUCAGAUGGAGGUAGUGAGCACGUUCAAGCGAAGCGGCUCGUUUCAGGGAGCAGUGAGAAGGCGCUCCUCCGUGCUCAGUCAGCUCCACGACAUGCGAGUGGUGAAAGCAUUCCGUAGUUCGCUUUACGAGGGCCGGGAGAAACCAGAAUCCCGCAACUCCAUCCACAACUUCAUGGCCCACCCGGAGUUCCUCAUCAAUGACCUCAUCCACAACAUCCCGCUGAUUGAUGACACCGAUGUGGACGACGACUCAGAACUCAGCAGAUAUCAGCACGUGCACCCGGCUCUUCGCAAGCCGCCGCCCCCUCCCACUCAGCCCCAGCCCACGGCCCGCACCCGUCCCACUCGUCCGUACCGUCAGCAUAGCCUCCCAGUGACCCAGUGCAACCGAAAUAAUAACAACAGCAGCAGCGGCGGCGGCGGCGCUUCAUCAAUUGUCCGCGCCAACAAACACAGCAUCAACACCAUCACUUCAAGCAACCAAACCCCUCGUCAUCAUCACCAUCAACACUGCAACAACCAUCAUAGCAGGGACAGGUUGGGGAAGCCCCCAACUCCUUACCUAACCCACCUUUACUGUGUGGAGACCACCUUAUAACUGAGUGGGUCGGGGAGAAGGGGAACUGAAUCUUGGGGCGGGGCAGAGGAGAGAGCUUGAGGAGACACACAUGACAUUUCCAUCCAGUCUCUCCUGUGUGACAGGAGGGGGGGAGGACGAUGGCUGCCGACUCCACGUGAACAUUGACGCGAUCAAAGUACAACUCCCUCCCCUCAUCCACCAGCCGCCCGCCCCGCCUUGACCUCGCUCGCUCUUCAGCCUGGCCUCCAUCUGCCGACGGUGGGCUUGGAGACGGAGGGGCUCCCUGGCCGUGAAUCCCCCCCGCCCCCGAAUCCCUUCAUUCCGACCGGUGUUAAUCGAGUGCGGUUGCCGUGACCCCGCCCACUUGCCCGCCAGGACACCACAACCACCGUGCUCAACAAUGAUCUGGUUUGUCAUUGAAAACCCCAAGCAGCUCCUUUUUGCUUGUGAUGUAAUUGUUGAAGCUUUAAAUUCCUCAUCCGUUCCGCCUCGAUUCAUUCAUUUCGCAACAUGGUGCUCAUUAGUUUUCCGCGUUGCUUCACUUCUUGGCUUUGUCACUGCAGCAUGAUGUUCAUUUUCAUUUUACAUCCGAUCACUUCCCACUCUCUCUUUCAAUAUGUGUGUGUUGUCUUGUCUCUUCUGAGGAAAAAAAAGAACAUCUACAUACAUGUAUAUAUAUAUAUAUAUGUAUGGUCACAUUAUAUAUAUAUAUAUGGUAUACAUACAGUAUAUAUAAUGUGUAUACAUUUCAAAGUUACCCUUCAUUUAGGCCUAAUAGUAAAGGAAGGCGUUAUACAAGUAUAUAUACAGUACAUAUGUAUAUAUGAUAUUAUUUUAUUUUUUUUAUUAAUAAUUGGGAAGCGACAAUACCGAACUUGUCAUCAGUCGCCAAUCCUUGAAUGCUGCCCCAUGUCUACAUGAUAUGUUGUUAUCUGUGUGGGAUGCGCACAUCCCUUCGCCACGGUACAGCGGCGCCAUGCAUACGAUGAACUGGUGGAUGGCUUCCGUCACGAUGCUGUAUCCGAUCGAAGCCUCUUCAUUUCCUCUCCCUCGUCUUGCUGUUCCUCCUCGCCCGCUUUGCUUCGGCUCGCUAUCCCUUCCCUAAUGUGUUUUGUUUUAAUUCUUUUGGAAUGCUUGUGAAGCAUUAUCCCUUUAAAUGGCAUCAGGUCACAAUGCACAGACUUUGGCCCUUUAAGACUGACACUCACCUCAAACCUGCUCUUGCUCACAUGUCAUGGGGUCCACACCAUCAUGGAUGGGGGAGAUAGAUUGAUUGACUGAUUGAUUCAUACAGCUAAAUAUUCAUUUUUGGAUUAGCCCCUAACCCUAAUAUGUAAAACAUUGUCAAUUAUGUCAUACAAAUGAUAUUUGAUCAUUUAGGUUUCCCAUCAGUAAGGAGCCACGUUUAGCUAACAUCUGGCGCUACAAAAAAUAAAAUAAAAAAUCAUCAAUUCAAACUUUCAAGGCAACAAACUUAACAUAACAAAUCAUUUUAAGUUGGGUCAUUUGAAAUUGGCUUUCCCGCAUUUCACAAGAAAGAAAUAAGAAUGAACAAAAUCCGAAUGAAACAACUCAGAAAAUUGUUUUGGAGCAAACAACUCUUGCUUUGUUGUGCUAACUAUCAUUGUUGCCAUCAAUGUCAGUAAUUUAUUUUUAUAACUUGUUACAACUUAAAUUUCUGUGUUAGCUCACCAAAAAUAGAAGUUGUAUAUUUUAAAGUGUGAUGGUUGCAUGAGAAGAUCCGUAUUUUCGUAUUUGUUACGCCGCUUAGCAUUGUCUUGCUUGAAAACUGGACGCACACACACACACAAAACUAACCCGCUUUCUUAUUUAGAAAUGAUAAUUCAGUAGCAAGCGGAAAUCUGUGGCAUUUUACUCACUCGCUCGUUAAAAUCUUAAAUAUCAUUUCUAAAGUGUGACUUUCAACAGAUUCAAUGGAAGAACUUAGUGUUACAAUUGUCCCCACCAGGCCAUCCCCAGCUCAAAUCUUUGUUUUUCAUAGCCAAUUAUUGAAAUAUGUCACAAUAUUUGAUUGUUACGAUAUUUCAUUUUCAGAUUCAACUUCUCCUCAAACAUUUCACCGUCCUCCUUUUUCUUCUGCCGCGAGAAAUCAUGUGCAUUUUUGCUGCCUCAUAGUGAGGCUUUCGGGUUCCAUUGUGACCUCCUUUGUCAGUGACCAAUUACGGUUGCUAGCCUGAUCAAGGGAGGCAAGUGAACGGACCCAUUCUAUCGUGUACAGUCGAACUGUUUAUAUUCCACUACACGGAUCGACAACAGCACUUUGCUUUUGCAGAAAUAGGUGGGACAGACUUUUUUUUUUGUUGCAUAUUUACGUCCAUGUGGCUCUGGGGUCAAUUGCAACACAAAAGCAACAGACAAGCCGACUGUUUCCAAAUCACUUUGAAAGGAGUCAUUGAAUUAGUGUGAUGUGUUAUUUGCUCUCGGUUGGCCCUGCGAUGCUCUUGUCUGAGAUCAUGGCAACAAGGUGAAAUUGUUCAUGUUUUCAAGGGUAAGAACGCAGCCACACAAAGAGUUGACAACAUACAUGAUGGUAAGACCAUGUGAGCCGGUGACAUCACAUUCCUCCACAUUCAGCUCCGUGACCUUCCGUGGACAUUCCAAGCAAGCGUGUCCCAAGUUGUACCACGUGUGGGUGAACUGCUGACUUCACGUUGCCUUGGAGUGCAACGCAAUGCAAAUCAACUCCCACCCUCCGGUCACCACCGCCACCCCCACCACUUUCUUGUCCUCGCGCCUCCCCUCACUUUUUUCCUGUUGACUACCUGACAGGAUCCACCACCAGAAAAAGGCAAGGGCGGAUAAUAUGCAACUGACUGACAUGUCAUCCUGUGUAACCCAGAUUAGAACUGCAGUCCAACAGGGAUGCUAACACAUGCAAAAACAGAGCAGGAACACGCGUGUCCUUGCCCAGUUCCGCUUCUGGAGGGGCGCAAGGCUCUCUGGAAAGAAAAAAAGAAAAAAAAAAAGACAACAACCCGUAACUGUACAGAACUCUUGUCUUCUUGAAUGCUCAUCAUCAUGGCCGCCACCCACACCUGAGUGGCUGCCUUGUGUUCCUCUUGUCUGUUUUGAAGCAUGCAUUUUGGUAUCAUUAAUGUCACUCUUUAUGUGUAGGUAAAUCGUUUAGACGACUGUCACAACUGCGUGCUAUGAACUCUCCACGUUUGCUCUCUCUCAUGCGCACGCAUACAAACACACACACACACACCUGAUCAAGUCUGACCCUGUCUAUUUCAUUGCCUCGUAGCACAGCUCUGUCAGUGCUUCUUACGGUCGACAAAAAAGAAAAAGCCACACACACACACACACACACACACACCAAACAUACCGAGCAAAUCUACAGUGUUGUAAAUUAGACGGACCAGUUCCAGCCAUUACUGUCCAUCUGUCCAGAGCCAUGUCACAUUAUGAUGUUGUGAGUUAGAUUAACAGAAGGCAAAGCAGAAUGUGAAAAAGAAUAUAUUUAUCCCAAUUUAGAAAUUGUACCACUGCAUCAAAACUGUACAGCUCGCCCCUAAAGUGCACACGCGCAACUUUAAUUUACAGGUACUAUGUUCCUGUUACUCUCUUUUAUGCUUAUUUUUUUCCUUACCUUUUAGUCCUUUUACUUUUUGUAAGGAGAGGAAAAACAAAACGGAAGCACUUGUACAUUACUAUGAUUAUUGAUUUUCUCCACCGGUGCUCCCACUGAUGGAAAACAAUAUGUUGCACAUUUUCCUGAGCAUAUUUUGAGGGCUGUGUCUUCUGUCCAGUGAACAGACCCUGAAGCGUGCGGAGGGGCCCAGAUGCUUUUAAGUCUCUUGAGACCGCCGCGGUGACUCUGUAAAUAAGCAGGAGACAAAAGUACUUUCUUAUUCUCAAAAGGACUGGACGACUGGAGGGUGGCACAGAGCUAGAGACCGCAGAAGUGCAAUGCAUCUAUCGUCUGCAUUGUUUAGGCUGCUCUUUUAGAUCUGCCGCAGGUUUUUAACCGCCCGGGGGAGAAAUUCUGGCUUUUACAAUAUUCAUGAUACACACUGUUGUAAAUUUUGUGUGUGGAAUGGUCCUCCUCCUUGCACAACGCAGAGCUGUUCUGCAGACAGAAAAUGCAGCCUGAACUGUGCUGAAAUAAAAAAAAAAGACCAAAAAAAACAAA